AUGGAGACCCAGGACGAUAGCAUCGACCUCGCAAAGUUGCAACGCGACGCGUUGGGGCUAGAGCACGAUCCAUCUCAGCCGUACCUUUCAAGAUCUGCAAAAAUAGGUAACAAGCCGAAUCACACACUUUGUUACACAUACCACACAGUCGACAGUGCUUCCAAUGGUGACGGAGUGUGCACCGGCCAACACCCUCCGAAAACACCAUUGAACCCCGCGAGCCUUCUGCACCAGCACCAACCCCCUCUGUCUCGACCUCGGCAACAUGAACCACGCCCAAUAAUGUCUAGUAAGGGUGGCAAUGAACCGGGAAUUGUACCAGGAUCGCAAUUCGGCAACAUGAGCUCCGCAGAGGCUCCUGGGGAUACCCAGGUCGUCUCGCAGUCAGUGUACGACAGUAUUAUCAGACAAAAUGGAGAGUCUAUGCAACAAGGUUAUUCACAAACAGGGGCCGAUGGAGCGACAUUGAGGACGUUGAACGAGGGCGACAGCGGCCAUAUCGACCUCCUUUCCGAAUUGGACGCGGCGCACCACGGAACGAAGCUCUCCCAAGACGAUGAUGAUAACGACGACGAGAGCACAUUCGAUCCAAACGAGUCUUCUCCGAUGGGCUAUGCACCGGAUCUCUUCCCCGAAUCGCAACGCUUCCUAGCAGAAACACCCGGAACGGCAAUGAAAAAGAAUGAGGCAAAGGGUGGGGCGAUGGAGACCCCGAGCAUCUCGCGGAAUCCCCUGGCUAGUGGCAUCGAGUCAAGUGGCGGUCUUCUUGGUCUGAGCCAGGUUUUCGGGGCUACCCAGGUCCCGUCGUCUCCAAUUGUCCACGGCCUGCAGACGGAGCUUGUAUCGGAUCGUCCGUCGCCCAAUAUCCCGAUUCAACCCGCUCGUGUUAUCAAUGGUAUUUCGUCGCCGUUGAUGGGCUUGCCGGUUCAGUUCGUGAGGGAAUCAUCCGAACCGAACAUGAACUAUAUAUCGAUGAAGGAAUCGCAGACAAAGCGCGAUAGGACUUUAGGGGAGAGGUUGACUCGAUCGGCCGACAAUAUCCAGUCGGAUCAGAGUGACAAAGAAUUCUAUAAAGAGUCGAGCUUUAUAGAGCGUGCACGACGACAGCGAGAAAUCGACGAGGAAGCCGCGGCUCAGUUCGCGGGGCUGAGUGCUCCUGCCAGACCUACAUCCAAUCUCUCCGCUAGACUACGGACUUCUCCCAAGCAGGCAGGUGAACGCCAAGACCAGGAAAUGAUAGAAGCUGUUGCCAGUGAGGAAGAAACCGAACAAGAAGAAGAUAUGCAAGUGCCCAGGUCACAAGAGCUUCCUCAAUCUUCAGCCGAAGAAGACAAAGAGAAUUAUCACGGACCUCCUAUGGAUGCCGCUGCCGCCGCCGCUGCCACCAGUGCCCACGACCGGCUGUCUCAGGUACUUGGAUUUGAGUCGGUCCCCUCCCCAUCACACGUGGGAGUAGACGAGGAACUGAAGGAUGGGAUAGUUCACGGAGGCUCCUUCGGCUCCCACAAUGGUGGCCAGCCGAACGGUCUUAUGCGUUCUUCCCAGGCCAUGGUGAAAGACUCUCAACCAUCACCUCCAUCAUCACCAAAACCCACAGAAACCGACAAUACUAGGAACAUUACUCAUCGCUCGCCUUCGCCUUCUCAUGUGAAUUCUCCCGCACGAGACCGUCUUCAGUUCUCCUCUCCCUGCUCGCGACCACGAUCAAGACAUUCGAACAACAAUGCCCAGAGAAAUGGCUCCGUCUCAAAUGAGUCUGCCAUUCACCCUGUUCAGAAUGCAUCCCUUAACGAGGAUAUACAAACACACUCUAGCAACCUCUCGGAGCAGCAAUAUAUAAACUCGUCUCAUUCCAGAGUGGAAGCGGGAACUGCGGGCAACUCAUCAUCGAUGCCAUCCCGUGUGGCUGAGACACCUAUGAAUCAACGUCUUAAGCAUAUCGGUGAUAUGGCUCGAUUGACGAGUAUCCCAGAGACAAGUCCCAGUCACUCCCAAUGCAAUUCCGAGGCGGAGUCCAAUGGCGAUGGACUGAACAACGAAGACGACGAUCUUCCACCCAUGUUUGGUGAAGUCCCCAGUAUUCGAAAUAAUCAUAUCCGCCCAGCCGGGGCAAGGGCACUCUCUUCACCUCUAAAAAGACUGCUGUCAAGUCCAGGCGGAGGCCAGCGUAGGGCUUUGACUGAAAUUGCGGCAGAUCUUUCGCCGCAGGUUGGGACAGGAGGACUUGAUAUGGGAAUUGGGAUCUUUACAACUGAGGAUCAAGAGUUCAGAGCCUUGAUCGAUGGAUCACCGACUCGACCGAAGAAGAAGCGGCGUGGCAAUAAUGGCUCAAGUUACAUCGCCUCUGACCCUAUCAUACCUCUCACCCCUCGCACACAGCCCCCAAAAUCCGUUGCACCCAUUCGGGCAACACAAGAACGACCAGCUGCUAUUCCUGCGGAUGCGGAUGACGCGCCUUUGGUGCAACUCCCCGAGAAAUCCGUGCGAAGGCAAUCAAAACCCCCCCGACGAGCUCCCGAGAAUGUUUGGGAAAUCGAGGGAUCGCCUGAACAACCCUUCCGCCGGAGAUCAAGAAUUGGCAAGACGGCUGUCUCGAUGUCUACGCAAGACAAGCAUGUUCCAGAAAAGAGCUCCAGACUUACCGCGAAAUCAGCGUCCCCACCAAAGGUUAUAGUUCAUAAGCGACCACCACCUCCAUCAUCGGAACUCACUGAGGUUUCAUCAACAAUUGCCUCGGAUGAUAUCAUUGAGUCAGAGGCGAACAGUGUCGAUGACUCCCCUACCACGCCUCGACCAUCUCAGACUUUGUCGGAGAACACCGUGGUCGCUCCAAGUCAGGUCCUUUCUGUCUGGAUGGGCCAUAAACGGGCAUACUACCCAGCGACAUGCUUUGGAACACCACUGGGCGUAUCGCAGGUUAAAUACUCCGUGAAAUUUGAGGACAGUCCUCCUGUCGAGGUGCCGAAGGGUGCCGUUAAGAGAUUUGAGCUUCGUGUCGGAGACGCUGUCAAAAUUGAGAUGGAUAAUGUUCCAAAAGUCACUCAUAUCAUCCGCGGAUUCGAUGACAAGCUCACUAGAGAACAGCUGGCUAAAGCCGCCGACGAUGGCCUUUAUCCCAUAACCGACAUUUACGGUCAUACUACUGUCAUAGUCGGUCCCAAGCAACGCAAAAGCCUGCCAAAUGGUGGGAUUGGCAACAGCGAGAAUGUGAUCAAAGUGCCUAUUGCUCGUGUCUAUCUUGAUACUAUCCUGUGGAAUCAACUCAAAGAUCGGAUGUUCACAUAUCGCCCGGCACCUGUUCAACAAGAGAGCACGGUCCAUACCCCAUCCGAAAGGUCAUCAGCGCCUGCUUCUCCCAGUUCUCGCUUGUCCCGCAGCAUUCACCAAGGCAGUGGGAUUUUCGCCGGGAUGGUAUUUGCCGUCUCUUACAAGGAGGACGAAGCAUCUAAAAAUCGUGUGACCAGGCUGAUAAUUGAGAAUGGCGGCACUGUAUUACAUGAUGGAUUUACUGAAUUGUUCGAGGCUUCGUCAAUUGUUCCUGUUGAUACUCCCACCAAAGGUGGAGCCAACGAUUCAGACCUCAACAACAAGGGUCUCCGUCUUACAGCUCUUGCUGAUGAAGUUGGCUUUGCCUGCUUAAUUGCCGAUACCCAUUCUCGGCGAGAAAAAUACAUGCAAGCGCUGGCAUUGAACCUCCCAUGUCUGGCCGGGCGGUGGGUAGAGGACUGUAUCGCCCAGGGUCGCGUCCUCGACUGGGACAUUUACCUCCUUCCAGCCGGAGACUCAAUGUAUCUCAACGGAGCGACAAAAUCCAGAGUCAUGGCUCCCAACCCUCCAUCCACAGCCCGCCUCUCUAAAACCAUCUCCGCACGAACAAAGUUGCUCGCAGGGCAAUCAGUGCUCCUUGUCAUGGGCCGUGGAAAGGUAGAGGAAAAGAGGAAAGCCUACAUCUUUCUGACUUACGCCCUAGGGGCUUCCCGGGUUGAGCGUGUCCCUGAUCUCGGCACGGCCAGGGCGUUGAUAGACUCACAGUCUGAUGCUGGUCUGUCGACUAACUGGGACUGGAUCUAUGUUGAUGAUGCAGAUCAAGCUGCUGCAAAGUCGAUGUUGACACCCAACCCGAAGAUGCAGAGAAUUCACUUGUUCCAUGGGAAGAAGCGUAAGUCGAUUGCGUCGUCCACUCCUACGCCGCCUAAUGAGCUGAAAUGCACUGCGAGGGUUGUUGGUAAUGAGUUUGUUUGUCAGAGUUUGAUUUUAGGGCGCUUGUUUGAGGAGUGA